AUGCCACUCACAUCCCUCGCCCUCGAUAUCCCCACGUCCUACGAGACUCUGGGUCUCACUGACAUCAAGAUCUCCCACCAUCCUAUUGGAGUACCAUCGGCAACUCCUGUCGUGGUUAUCACGCUGAAUAGACCAGAGAAACAUAAUGGGUUCACACCUGCUAUGUCGGAUAGCCUGACGCUGGCAUACCAGAUGUUUCAUGUCGAUCCUCGUGUCAAGGUCGUUGUGCUGACUGGUGCAGGAAGGAUGUUUUGUGCUGGGAUGGACCUCGAUAUUGGAUUUGGGAAUGGGGAAGGGAGGGCCGCUGAUUUUCGGGAUAUUGGUGGACGGGUCACUUUGGCCAUGCAUCGAUGCCAUAAACCUACUAUCGUCGCACUGCAAGGUUCGGCAGUAGGCGUGGGAAUGACAAUGACUCUGCCGGCGGCAGUAAGGAUCUGCCACGAGAAAAGCAAGUAUGGCUUCGUAUUCGCCCGGCGAGGAGUCACCAUCGAGUCCUGUGCCUCAUACUUCCUCCCUCGCUUGGUAGGAUUCUCCCGCGCGAUGCACCUCAUCUCUACUGGCGGAGUCUUCCCACCAUUGCCAAAGCAUUUCGGCGACCUAUUUACGGAAGUCCUUCCUGAUUCCGCCCAAGUGCUCCCCCGCGCUUUGGAAAUAGCUCAGGAUAUGGCGGAGAAUGUGAGUCCGCUAGCAUCCUCGAUGAGUCGGGCGUUGAUGUGGGAAUGCCCGACUUCUCCCGAAGAGGCUCAUUUGCUGGAGUCAAAGGUCUUUCAUCAUAUGGUUGGGCAAAAGGACUACAAGGAAGGCGUCAACUCGUUCUUUGAGAAGCGGAAGCCUCAAUUUGAGACUGAUCCGCGGCAAAGUAGUGCGCCGAAUUAUCCCUGGUGGCCCGAGGUAAAUAUCGCUCUGGAGCCAAGUGUUUCGAAGGGGUCUAAGUUGUAA